UCAUUUGGUCUGGAAGCCGGAAUCAAUUUAUCGGAUCUCGUAUCAGUCGUAUACUCGUAUCUCGAUUUAAUAUUCAAAAACUAAACUGAAACAUAUUUUGGUAAUUUGGCUUUGGCAUAUAGUCGUAUACUCGUAUAGGACUAUUACAAAGAGUUUUUUUAAAACCCAUCAAAACUUUAAGAAACCCGGGCCGAGUGCGUUGGGCAACGAUCAUGAGUAACACUGGCAUAUUUGCAGAAUUUAUUGGCAGAAAGGUGAAUAGAGUGAGAUGGAAGCCAGAUGACCUGAUGGCAUCGACAAUGUUUGUCACCGGUUCAUGGGACAACGAAGAUGAUAACGUAAUAGAAUUGUGGGGACUGACAUCGGAAGACGAAAAUUCUGCCAAAGAUUUCCCUCCAAAACUUUUGGAUUGUGUACAACAAAACGGAAAUGUUACACAAAUUAGAUUUUUAGAUAACAAAUUUGUUGCUGUUAGUACAGACAAUGGAACAGUUAAAGUAUAUCGCGUCAUUGGUGAGAAUGAAGACUCUAACAUUCAUCUUAAAGAAGUCAUGGCUUGGGACAAUCUACAUUCAUUAGGUAAAGGUAGGAGAUGCUCUUGCAAGGAUCUUGCUGUAUGUAACUUUUCAUUAGCAACCAUUGGUGAUGAUUAUAAACUUAAUGUCAUAUCAUUGAACACUAAACAAAUUCAUCAAGUUCUAGAAGGAAUAAGUAGCUCACCUUUAACAUGCAUUUGUUUCUUAACUGAUACUGAAGUUCUCUGCUGCAAUGCACUAAGUCAAAUGAAACUAUGGGAUUUACGAGUUGCUAAAAGUAGUAUAACGGCUAAUAUCAAUAAUUUCACUCAGACUCAAGUGCCUAUAACAUGUGUUGCUCAACACCCAAGUCAAAAACAUUUUAUUUUUACCGGUUCUGAAGAAGGAGAUGUUGGUGUUUGGGACAUGAGAACCAAUAGCUUAUUAACAACUAUGAGUAGUGGCGACACAUCAUCACUUACCGAAAUAGCAUUUCACCCUUUAGAACCAGACCAUUUGUUUACAUGUUCAUUCGGAGGAAGAUUACUACAAUGGAGUUCUAAAAAAUCAUAUAUGUGCCAUGUUGACCCAGGAGAUCUGGAAUAUUCAAAUUUUUGGGUGAACACGGACAAGGUAAAAACACGAUUGUCGAUCAACGAUGUAAUACAACCAAUUUAUAUGCCAAUCAACUCAUUGGAUAUCCAAAAACAACAACUUAUUUGUGGUGCUGAUAAUGAAGCAAUUUACUUUCAACGUAACCUUAAACUUUAAAUUUAAACAUAAUUUAACAAAGCUCGUUAUUAUUAUAACAUAAUAAUAUCAAGUAUGAUUUUUUUUAAAGUUCAUUGUUAAUUACUUUAAAUUAAACAACUUUUCAUAGUAAUUUGUAGGUUGUUUUUAGGAAUUUUUGAUUACUUAAACUUCCUCCUUUAAUUAUUAAACACUUAUAAAAAUAAACCUCUACUAUAAACAUU